AUGCCCACCCCCCGCUCCCGCACCCGUGCCGACACCCUAACAAAAUCCAGCACCUCGACCAGCGCGCCCGCCGCCUCAGGCCCCUCCACCGACCGCCCCCGCCGGGGCACCGCCGCUCCCGCAAGCGCCCGCCUCUCGCACCCCUCGCCCGAGACACACCACCAGUCGAUUCGGCUGACCGUCAAAGCGCCGCCCUCGAAGCUGCGCGAAGCGACGAGCAGCCACACCGCGCCGGAGGAGGCUCCAGCGAACAGGACAAGGCAGCCUGUUGCGGUCAAUUCGAGGGAUCGGUUCGAGGGCGGGGAGAUUUUGAGUGGGGCGCGGAGGUCGAGGAACAAGAGGGCGAUUGUUGAGGAGAGCUCGGAGGAAGACGAAGAGGAAGAGGCGGAGGGAGAGUAUGAGGAGGAUGGAGAGGGCGAGGAGGCAGAGGACGAUGAGGAUGAGGAAGGAGAAGAGGAGGGAGAUGAAGAGGAGGUGGACGAUGAAGACGCAGAGGGAGAUGAAGACGCAGAGGGAGAUGAAGACGCAGAGGGAGAUGAAGACGCGGAGAUGGAGGACGCGGGGCCCUCCGUGCAACAACCUCACCGAGAAUCGGCUGCCCGUCCCACCGUUGUUGGACGGGUCGAGGUGCCCUUUAAUCCGCCACCGAGGACGCAAGGGGCUGCCGCUGCGCAGCGCACCACCAAACCCGCCGCACCUGCUGUCACGGUCACGUCAGCAGACGGCAACACAACCGCACGGAGCGUAGAAGAAAAAGAAUUCGCAAUGGCAAACGACGGAUCCGAUGACUCGCUCUCGGAGCUCGACUCCCAAGACGAAGAAGACGAAGAGGACGCCGAAGGCGAAGAAGAUGCCGAAGGCGAGGACGAGGAGAUGGGCGACGAGGACGCGGAUGUGGACGGCAGCGAGGAUGAGGAGGGGAUCAGUAGAAGUGCGACGCCCGACUUAAGCAAGCUGACGCGACGGCAGCGCGCUGCAUUCGAGGAGUACGAGGGCGGCCUGAUGGCGCUGUCGAACGAGGCACAGAAGAAGAAAGUCUUUACGCCUGAGGAACACGCGAUGCGGCGGGCGGAGAUGGCAAGGCGGCGGAAGAAUUUGAGCGAGAAGCGGAACGAGGAGGAGAAGCAAGACACGAUAAACCGCCUCCUGAAAAAACAAGCCCCGAAGCGCCGCACGCGUGCUGAGAUUCUUGCCGAUGCCGCCGCGGCGGACGGCGACGACGCCCAGCGCGAGAAGCCGCACCCGGUCUUCGUCCGCUAUGUACAGAGCCGACAGGGUGCGCGGAUCGGUGUGCCUGAGGAGGUGCUUGCUGCGAGUGCUUUGGGCGCGUGGGCAAGUGAGCAGGCUGGACGAGCUUCGACUAGCGGAGAGGGAACGCUGGCCGUAGGGAGAAUGGUUGAGGAGGUGGCGUGA